AGCACAUCUACACCUUGUGUUUUCCUAGGGAUCUGAGUGCUGUAAAAUGUGGGCCUGGGCACUGCUUCCGAUCUCAUUGGCUGUUGCUGGAACGCUGGGAAUAUGGGCAGUGUUUGGGAUUGCCGUGUCAAACGGAACAGUCAACCUGACGAUGGAGUUUCCCUAUAUCAGUACCUGUGGCACAUUCACCCCUCAGAGCUGCAUUUUCAGUCAAAUCAUCAACCUGUGUGCUCUUCUGGUUCUGUGGAUUGUGGUGAUACGUUUCCAACAGAUCAGGGACUAUGAACAAAACUGCAGGGCCAAUGUGGCCAGCUUGGUCGUGGGCUUCAUCUCCACACUGGGCAUCUCCCUCAUCGGGAACUUCCAGCAAUCGGUACUGAUAGAGGUCCACCUGUUGGGAGCCUUCCUGGCCUUCAUCGUGGGUUUGGCCUAUUUCUGGCUUCAGCUGUGGCUCACAUACAAGACGGAGCCGUCCCUGGACCGGUACUGGGUGGGCCCUCUCCGUGCCCUCCUGUGCACCAUCGGCACUGCCCUCAUUGUGGCCAUGUCCAUCCUGCACAAGAACGAGCUCCGAUCGGCGUCCGCCAUCUGUGAGUGGGCUCUGGUCAUGUCCUUCUUCCUGCUCUUCGGCCUCUUUGCUGCUGAGUUCCGUCACAUUGACUGCCACCGGCUGAUUGUACAGCCGACCAAACAAAUGCAAGCGACCAACAGUAUGUUCAUGUUGCAGGCUCACACUUGACCCAUCCAGGGGGCAUGUCCUCUCACACGAUAACUUUAUCGUUAUAUUAUUCUGAUUUUAAUAGGUUCAUCUGGCCGGUCACUGACGGAUUCUCCACCACUUUUUGUUUACAUAAUGAUAGACAUUCCAGCCAAUAGACACACACCUGUUUUUACAAAAGACGUUAGCCGGAAUACACUCACAUAUUAAUGUGAACACUUAUCUGCUG